UCCCUGUGUGUUUCUCUCAAAAUGGCGACUUCCGCAAAUUCUGAUCAAGUGCCUGAGGAAAUACACAAAACAUCACAGGAAGAAGAAGGAGAAGAAACUGAAUCUGAAACUGACUCGGACGAUUCGGAAGAGGAUGUUGAACCAAAAUUACGCUAUGAUAGAGUUACCAAUGACCUUAGUGCAAUACUCAACAAAGACUGUGCUAGUUGCAUGGCUGUACAUUCAAAAUUUCUUGCACUAGGUACACACUGGGGUACUAUACAUAUCCUUGACUAUCUGGGGAACAAUAUACAAGGAAAAGAAUACCAAGCUCACACCACAACAGUAAAUCAGAUCAGUGUUGAUGACAAUGGGGACUACAUAGCAAGUUGUUCUGAUGACGGAAAAGUUAACAUCUUUGGUCUGUACUCGUCUGAGGACAACCAAGUCGUCAACUUUGACCGUCCAGUUAAAUCUGUUGCCCUUGAUCCAGAAUUCUAUAGAUCAAGCAGUAAGCAGUUUGUUACUGGGGAUGACAAACUAAUUCUGAAUGAACGGGGGUUAUUCCGCAGUCACAAAACCCGUGUUCUACAUCAGGGAGAAGGUGCUAUCAGACAGAUCAAAUGGAAGGGAGAACUUAUUGCUUGGUCAAAUGAUUUUGGUGUGAAGGUAUAUGACCUGAACUCUCGGACAAGAAUUACAUCUAUCACCAAAGACCAAAACCAUAGACCUGACUUGUAUCAGUGCAACCUUCACUGGCAAGAUGACAAGAGACUUCUGAUUGGCUGGGCUGAUACUGUAAAGGUUUGUUUGGUGAAAGACAGGGUUGGACAAGAUAUUAGAGAUUUACCUGCAAGAUAUGUGGAAAUAAUUGCCAUGUUCAACACACCAGAAUUUAUGAUAUGCGGGAUUGCCUCCCUUGAGAACCACCUUGUUCUUCUCACCUUUGAUAAAAACACACAGCAAGAGGGUGGCAAGAUAAUGUCAAGUCGUCCGAACCUGCGUAUUGUUGAUGCUCACAUGGAAUACUUCGAGGAACUAUCUAACGAUGCCCUGUCUAUCCGAGGAUACCAGAAUUAUAGGUGUAACGACUAUCACCUAGCUGUUUCAUCAGAAGCAAGUUUGGAUGAGAAUGUGAUUGAAGACAAUUUGUUCUACAUCAUCAGUCCUAAGGAUGUUGUGGUUGCGAGACCAAGGGAUCAAGAUGACCAUAUUACAUGGCUUAUUGAGCAUGAAGACUUUGAGGAAGCAAUGAAUGCAGCAACCCUGCACAGCAAGGAGUUAAAGAGACAUACAUUCCAGGAUAUAGGAAGGCAGUUUCUUAACUACCUCAUAGACCAGAGGAGAUUUGAAGAUGCAGCAAAGCUCUGUGUGAAGAUAUUUGGUAAGAACAAAGACCUGUGGGAGGCGGAGGCUUACAAGUUUGCCAGAAUGAACCAACUAAAGUGGCUGGCCCCCUAUUUACCUAAAGAUGACCCCAGACUUAGUCCUGCUAUAUAUGAGAUGGUACUGAAUGAUUUCCUGCACACAAACUGUAAGGUGUUCCUUCAGUUGGUCAAAGAAUGGCAGUGUACAUUGUACAAUAUACAAGCUAUCAUCAAAGUAGUGAUAGAUAGACUGGACAGAGACAGGAACAACAGGGAUCUCUUACAUGCACUAGCUGAAUUGCAUGGAUAUGAGAGGGCAUUUGAUAAAGCUUUGGCUAUAUACCUCAAGUUGAAGGACAGAGAUGUGUUUGUACUGAUACACAAACAUAACCUGUUUGAGUCAGUCAGUGAUAAAAUUGUUCAGCUGAUGGAAUUUGAUCAAGACGCAGCUGUGACAAUGCUCCUUAAUAAUUUAGACAAGAUACCUGUUGACAAAGUUGUUCGACAGCUAGAGAAAAGACCAAAAUAUUUGUAUGUGUAUUUGGACAAACUUGCAAUGAAAGACCAGCAGUCAAUCAAGUCAUUCGCUACACAGAUGGUAAAGCUAUAUGCCGAAUAUGACCGUCCCAAGCUCCUUCCAUUUCUUCGCGGGAGCGUGCAAUAUAAUCUCGAUAUGGCCUUGAAUGAAGUAAAAGUUCGAGAAUUCAAGCCAGAACUUGUGUUUUUGUUAGGUCGGACUGGUGACAUGAAAACAGCUCUGCAGAUUAUAGUAGACGAACUUCAUGAUGUCGACCAGGCUAUAGAGUUCUGUAAGGAACAUAACGACCAGGAACUGUGGGAGGACCUUAUUCAUUAUUCAUUGGACAAGCCUAAUUUUAUCACUGGUUUGUUGAACAACAUUGGAACUCACGUUGAUCCAAUCAUUUUGAUCAAGAGAAUUAGGACAGGUAUGGAGAUUCCAGAACUCAGAGACUCCUUGGUGAAAAUUUUACAGGACUACAAUCUGCAGAUAUCUCUGAGAGAGGGUUGCAAGAAAAUUUUGGUAGCCGAUAGCUUUGGUCUCAUGAAUAGAUUAGUAAAGACGCAGAAAAAAGCCAUAUCAGUAGACACUAGUCAUGUAUGCACGGUAUGUCAUGAAAGGAUUUUAGUCACAGAAACCCGCCAUGCAAGUGAUGUCAUUGUGUUCUUUUGUAGCCACGCUGCCCAUGAGCUUUGCCUCAACAGCACAACGGAAACUUGUCCCAUAUGUACAACACAGAGAAGAGGCCCAGGAAGAAGUACUAUGAUUAGAAAAUAAACUCUCUAUAAUGUAUAAAGCUACACCAUACCAUUCUGUUUUAUAACCUACACCAUACGGUAAUGAUAAAUGUGAUAGUGCUCCUGAAGUGAAAUGUGCAAUCGUUAACUGUUAUAUUAAUUAUACUUCUAUUAUUCUCAGUAUAUUAACAAUUUUUUAACACUCUCAGUGACUGUAAAGAAAGAGUACAGACAAAGACAUGAAGUAACUGAAAUACAGUAAUUUAGCUUUUGAAUAAGUUUCUGCAAGGUAUAUCUAACGUGUUUCAGAGAUGUGUUAAUUCAACUUUUUGAAGGGUAAAAUGAAAUCCUUUCAAAUUUUUUUGAAAGUAGCUUUUGGUAUAGACUUGCUGACAAAAAUAUUUUUGCUAGAUACCCAUGUUAAGAACAAAAUGUUUAGAAAGAAGUUAUACUCCUAACAUUUAAAAACAGCCAAGAAAGGAUACUUCUGCAUUGAACUUUACUAAUAUUUAAAAAAAAAUUACUUCGGAAUCUUUUAUUUCUCGAGGUUAGGUAAAUUCCGUAAUUAUUUUAUAUCAGUUAAUAUAUAAAUUGAUAUACAUGUAUACUUCAGCUGUAAAACAAAAAGUGUUGAACAGACUUUUAUUUUACUGUGUAUUAGCUGAUGAUAUUGUUGUUGGCGAACUUAAAAAAAAAUUGAAGUUUGUUGCAAUAAUUUAUUCCUUAAUGUUUGUUUCACCAAUUCCGUAACAAGGGUUAUCCAUUAAUUCUUUUUCUGAAAGGAUGGUAGGGUCUUCCUCCAUCAUCAGAAGCCGGAAAGUCGCCACAUGACCUGUACCCAGAUGUGUCGGUGUGACAUUAGACCCAACAAAAAUUUACAAAACGUUCUCUCUGAAAGACUUUAUAAAUUUUAUAAAUAUUCUGAUUACAUUUGAAUUCAUCAUUAUAAUUAUUUAAGUGUGGUAUUCUUCCAUAUUUUGAGACAUAAAUUUAUACAUUUGAAAAGUUUUAAAACAUCAAGCAAUACUUAAAUGUAAUUCUUUUUAACUUUGAAAAAGAAAAAGAGAAAUUUUCAUGGGCCAAAAAUUGUCUUGUAAAUGGUGGGGUUUUUUCCAAUGAAAGUUACACUUCAAUUGAUAAGGAUGUAAUGUACUCCAUUACAUUAUAAAUCUAGUAAGAGUGGUUGAAAUGUUACAUUGCCUUGAGUUUCACUGUAGAUAGGAAUACCCCCAUUUCCUAGGUUGAUAGUUCUGUCGGGGACACCUUGAUCUGGCCUCAGAAUACACUACCAUUCACCCUGUGGGACACAUGUAUAGAGAUGUACUACGGAGAGGAGCUGUUACAGUAUCUUCAAAAUUCGAGAAGCUUACACUACCACCCUUGCAGACCAAUAAGUAAUUAUGUCUCCCACACCACUGUGGUUGGAGAUAUAUUGAUUUACUCCUGUCUGUGUGUGUCCAUCUGUCACAAAUCUUGUCCGCAUUCUAAGUCGAACAUUUCCAUCCGAUCUUCACAAAACUUAAACAAAAUGAGUCAUCGGCCAAGUUCUAAUAACUAAUCAAAUCGGCUUAGGAACAUAGGAAUUAUGGCCCUUGAAUUACCGAAAAUACUGAUGCCAGUGAUACAGGUCUUGGUGCAUGGUUGACUGAGACACAUAAUGGAGAAGAAAUGUCAAUCUAGAUGAUUAGGCAGUUGUGGGAGACAUACGCUUUUCUCAAAAGCAGCUCCAGUUAGUAUCUGUAAAAUAAGAAAUUACGAAAAAACCUUGGUUACAGAUUUGCUGAAUCAGUCAGUAGUCAGAUGUAAACUUGUUAAAUUAUUAAUAUAUAAUUAUUUACUUAAUAAAAAGUACUAAGUUGCAA